GCGUAAAUCUGUCAAAAAAGAAAAUUUUGGGAGUGAUAAUAAUACGAAAUCAAAUUAGUAUCCAAUCUCAUGAAUUUUAUUAAAAACACAAGCAACGAAAUUCUCCAAAAAUAAAAGCAAAACAAGUUCAAUAAUAUGUGUUACGAUGAAUAUAAGAAAUCUCCAUCAGUUUUCUUCAUGCUAGUUUGUGUAAUUUCAGGUUUCUUUUCUUAACACAUAUACAAAUCGACGACACGAGAGAAGUUAUGUGAUUUUUUUUAUCUGUACGUUAAAAAAGAAGAAGAAAACAAAUUUUUCCUUCGAAGCUCUAUAGCUUGAGGAGUUUAAAUUUACUAAUAAAUAAAAACGAGCGAUGAUAAUGAAGCAACAUAGAUAAAUUAAAUAAAUAAUAGAAAAUUAUACACUUUACAAACGAGAAGUAAAAAACGAGCGUGAAAAGUAAAUAGCGCAUUAUUUACACAAUUACAUCAGAUAUAGAGCUCAAAACAAUUAAAAAAACAAACGACAGCCGAGAAUAAAAGAGUGUUAUUGAAACGACAAGUGCCUACUACUUGUAUAUAAAAAAGUAAUUAAUAUUUUUUUAUGUUCUCCAUUGACUUAUUCACUAAAAAUAAAAAUAGUAAAAAUAUUUGAAAAAGUGUCGAUGGAAUUUGUGUGACUUUUUACUUCUUGAAUUACAUUUGGUUCUUUUACGAUAUAAAAGAAAGACUACAAGUGGAGAAAAGUGAAGUUGUAAAAGAUCAUAAUAAAUCAUAAAAAGGUGUAAUAAAACAAGGAAUCCACAAAGAAAAGAAAACAAAGUUGAAGAAGGAGGAAGAAAUUAUCAACAUCUAACAAAUGAAAUGUAACGAGACUCACUUCAUCUUCCGAUCUUAAUUGUUAAAUUGCUUUUCAAUUAAACAUUUUUUUCCGCUGCCCGCAAGAAAAUUUCCAUUAAAAAAGUAUAAAAUUUUUAAUCAUCGCUCAUCGGGUGUGGAAAGACGAGGCAAUUACUGAAUGGUUCGGUAAUGAGUAAAUUUGUGAAACAGCUUUUUUCGGGUGGUAAAAAAAAACUUUCAAAGAAACUACAUUAUAUUUAAUAAGUCAUUGAGUAACUCAACGGAAUAAAAAAAAUUAAAAGCAAGAAGACGGAAAAUAUGUUGAGCAACAAUAAUCGCUGCAUUGCUGAAUGUCGGAAAUUUUCGCCGAAUAUUUUCAACAAGAAUAAAUGCACAUUGUGCUUUGGCAAACGCGAGGAACACAAUCCAGCGGCUCUCGAUUACAAUCGGGCCACAUCAAGUGACGGUGAAGAUAUUGAAGAGACGAAGGCAUCGAGGAAAAUUUCAAAAUGUGGCUAUUUGUUUGUGGCGCCUCACGAUUGGGAUUGGGGAAAUCCGCUUUACAGAACAAAGCGGUGGCAGCGACGUUGGUUUGUUCUGUUCGAUGAUGGCGAACUUACGUACUCGGUAGAUGAAAGCCCUGAGACAAUUCCGCAAGCCAGCAUCAACAUGUCAGACGUGAUUGAAGUAGCUGACGCUGAACAAAUCACCGGCCAUAUCAAUUCGAUCCUCAUCCAAACACCAGAUCGUUCGACGUUUGUGAAGGGCACGUGUCAAGAGGAGUCCAAAUGGUGGUACAAUGUCCUUGUGCAACUGGUCAAAUCAAAAGUUCGCCAUCACAAACGGAAUGCCUUCCUUAAAGGUCAAAAUCAAAAAUUUUACAGCGAUCAACCAAUUUCAAGCAAAUCGCCACCAACAAGAGACAAAUUGCAGCCAGAGAACAAAGCGCAGGUUCGAGGUCGAAGUCGAGAGACAGACACUACAGACUCACCAACGCUCUUUUAUGAAGACGUAAUCAGGGAUGAGAAGCUCAAAGAUAUUGCCAAUAAAAUUACGAACAUUUCAAGUCAAGAGAAGGAUCGUAAAAAUCGUUGGACGUUGAAUGAAGCGCAGUUGGACGAGACGCCGACUCGCGAUGAGAUGAACAACAAGCAAAAAAGACCGCAAAGUUUAUCAAUUGUUUCGUCAGCACCUUCGAUCAUCUCAGUAGUGAAGAAAAAGACGAAUAAGAAUACGACGGAAGUGAUAAAUUAUAGGAAGAACUCGUCACAAUCACAUGAACGCGGUGAUCCAGACGGCGACUGUGGAAUGGAAGAUUCGCCUGCAAGCUAUUGCAAUAAAACAUCCGAGUUGCGAGUAAAAUUGCCAUCAGAAGAAAUUCUUCAUAGUAAAAGUGGAUGGUUGAUGAAAGAAGAUCACCAGGAAUGGUCGAAAUAUUGGUUCUCACUUAAAGGUGGCGGACUUUUUUAUUAUCGUGAUCCAAGUGCUGAAGAACGAGGUGUACUUGAUGGCGUUCUUGAUGUCAAUAGCAUUACCAGCAUCAAGGAAAUUACAACUAAUCGUAAUCAUGCUUUUCAAUUAACGACCUGGGACAAUAAACGACUCAAUCUAUCAUCGGUUACGUCGAAUGUUAAGAACAAUUGGAUUAAUGCUUUGCGGAAUGCUUCCGGACUUGUCGACAAUACAAUCAACCAAACGCUUGAUGAGCAAGCCAUAAAUAAAAAAAUCGAAACGAGCGAAACGACACCAUCAACGAGUAGAAGUUUCAAGAAGCUUGAAAUGCCAUCAUUUCAAGAUGAGAACGGUAUAAGUGUAGAGAAGAAGCCCAAACAUUCAUUAAUCUCAUCACCAGUAACACCAGUGACGACGACAUCGAGCAAUAACAACCAACGUCCAAUUCUUUUCUCAUCCGAUGAAGAAUACAAAACAGCAUCGGAAGGUGGACGUCGUGAGAGCAUUGAUUGGGGCUCACCGCUUUCACCAUCAAAUCCAAUUCAAAUUACCUUAUCACAUGCCAAAGAAAAUAAAAUUCGAUCAAAUUUAAGAAAUAAUUUACAUAAGCGAAGUCUUUCAUCCCCACCGACGUCACGACGAAGCACAAUCGACAGUAGUGUCGAUGAUUUUCCACCAUUACAAGAAGAACAUGCAGCAAAUCUUGAAAAUGAAUUAAAAGUGAGAUUGAUGAUGACUGAGAAGAAGCUUUCACAAAUGCACGAUGAAGCACGCGAACGUGACAGACGAAUGAUGGAAUUAGUCGCGACACUUGAAAAAACGGAAAUGGAAUUGACAGCAAGAAGAAAAGAGAGCGAAGAAAUGAAAGAAAAGUUACUGAAAGAGUUGAUGGAACAUCGUGAAGGUGCUAAGAAAGUUGUCAAUAAAUUAAACGAAGAACUUGUCGAGAGUAAAAGUAAAAUAACUGAAGUUGAGAAUCAAUUGCAACGUGGAAUUGAAGAAAAUGACGCACUUUAUCGUAAAUUAAGAAAUAUUGAAACUGCAGUGCCAUCAACAUCUACAACUAGUCUCAUUUCUAAUGCCAACAAAGCAACGAGUGAUCGUAUUCGACGAAUGGACUCGUUUAGUGAUCUCACAUGUCUCAACGACGUUGAUCCCGAUGAUUUGGACAAAGAAUCACUUGUCAGUGAAUAUUUAGAAUUGAAGCAAAGAUUCGAAAAAGUUGUCAAUGAGUUGAAGAUGAUGAAGAGAGAACUUCGAGAAUCUUACAGCUCUUACGAUAAUUUAGAUUUGGCACAUUCAAGUUUACGACAAGAAUUGGAGAGAAAGCAAAAUGAGAACCAAAUGCGAACGAAGAUGAUGGCAGAUCGAAUUCAAGACAUGACGAAUAAAUAUGCAGCAGCUGAGAAACAAGUCAGAAGUUUAAAGCAGAAGUUAAUGAAGUCAGAACGAAAACGAACGUCGUCGCUUAAAGGAAAAGAAACUCUUCAACUACAGAAAGAAUUGGAAGACAAAGUGAUGGAGUUGGAAGGGAAAUUUGAGAUGAAUCUUGAUGUUGACAUGCCAUCGCCUUCGAAUUGUAGUCUUAGAGCUUCACCGUCACGUUGUGAAACGCCUGAGAAACGUUCAACCACUAAAUUAAGAAGAAAAUCAUUAGAUUCGCUUUCCAGUCAACCGAUGCAACUUCUGGUGAGAUUAAAUGCGCUCGAGAAGAAGUUAGAAAGUAACAGUAGUAAUUUGAGUCUAUCAACAAUCUCAAGCGAUUCAACAAACACACAGAAGACGUCCGAGCAAUUACACGAAUGUCUUCGAAGUCUUGAGAAUGUCAUAACAUCAAGUCGAAGUCUUCUUGAAGAUGGAUUACAACAAAUUCAUCAUCAUAAUAAGAUGUCACGUUCACGAUGUCCCGAAACGAUGAGAGUUGAACAGCUGUUAGUUGAGAGUGUGAAAAUGUUAUCUGAGUGUCAACCCACAACAACGACAACAGUGACAGCAACAUCGCAACCAACAAAUGACGAAAUCAUUCAAGAAACAGGUUCAGUUAAGGUUGCGCUACUCCAACUCGAGUCCCAACUCAAGGCUAAAUUAAGUGAGUUGUUGAAACAGCGACGAAUUCUACGUGAAACUAACAAAUUGACACGCAAGAAAGAUUUGGAACUUUUGGCAGAGCGAAUGGCUUUCGAGAGUGUUUGUUUUGGAAAGCUUCGUGAUUCACUUUGUCGCGCUGAUCAAGUUGAUAAAUUUGUCGAUCAUCAAACAAAAUGUGAGAUUGCUGAAACGACACAACUCAUGGCAUUAUUGAAAGCGAAGCUUUGUGGGAAAUCAGUAACAACAAAGAACAGUGGAAGUUUAGAUGUUCUUGCGCAAGUUCUUGCACGAAGACUUUUACUCACCGCAUCAAAGUUGGAACAAAUGAAUGAGAUGGUAACAUUGUCACCUUUUCCAGCAACUGUUGAUCACAACUUCAUGGAAGAUCUUUUGAGACAACAAAAUGAAUUGGGUUUGAUCACAAAACGUUACAAGAUUAAUACGAUUGAGAACUUAGCUUAUGAUUUGGCAGCUGAAACUCUCAAUUAUAUUUCUGCUAAUAGCACAGUUCAAGGUGCAGUACAAGAAGCGUGGAGAUAUGCACAAGAGACAGUCAAUGCUGAGUUGAUACAAUAUGAGAUCAGUCACAUAAUGAAGAAAACCGCAAAACGAUAUGAAAAUACUUUGGCGCCUUCAUUUGGUUAUGCUUUGACAUCGCAAGAACGAAUAAGCUUUGAGAUGUUUGCUGAUGCUGUUCAAGACUCUUUGAGGAAGGAAAUGGAGUCAACGAUAGCUCAACUCACGGAAUGUUAUGAAGAGAAUCUUACAAAGAUGAAACAAGGUCAGUGGCGUUUACAUCUUGAACAGGAACGGAAAGCAAGUGAAGGUCGUCAGUUGUUGAUUGAAUUUGCUGAUAUCAUUGCACAAAAAGCUUUAAUUGAUGCGAGAAUUGCUGUUAUUAGAGGUGAUUCAAUUAAUUCUAAUGUUCAUGUAGAACCUGCUGUUGAGAGAACAUUUCACAGUCUUGCAUCAAUGCAGAAAUAUGAGAGUCUUUUUGUUGAAUUAUCAGAAGACAUGGAUAUCAGUAACACUGACGACAUCCUUGCCGAAGCUGACUUCAACUUUAUGUUCAAAAAUUUUGCUUUCGCUUUUAACAUAAAUAAGCAAGAAAUUAAUGAUUUAUCAAAUGUUGUGAUAAAAAUUGAAGAAAUUCUACUUCAACUUCACAACAAACUCGAUCCAACUGUUGAUGUCAAUCAUCAACAUCAUCAAAAUCUUCAUCUGGAUAACAUCAAAAAUAUUUCAACGAAAUUAAACGAGUUCUAUCAAAUGAGUGAGAAGCUCAUGUUUGCUGUCAAUAAGAUGUUAUCUAUGCCAUGUCAAGAGUGUGAUAAAAUGCAGGAAGCAAUAAUUGAAAUAUCAAAUCAACAUGAUGAAGAGAUUGAUAACUUAAAACGAAAUCAUUCGGAAGAAAUUUUAUCGAUUAAUGUGCAAAUUGACGAACAGAGGGCGCUAGUAAAGCAACUGAGAUAUGAGUUGUCAUGUAUGGAAAGUAAAUGUCAUGAUAAGACAAAGCAAAGUAGCGAACUUAUGCAACAAUUGAGUGAAAUGAACACAAAGUUUUGGCACUGUAAAGAAAAGCUUGAAGAUGUGACAGAAAAAUUGUGCAAUGACAAAGAGCAAAUAAGUGAAAUGAAAAUGAAUUUCGAUCGAUUGUAUGAACAGUUUAAUCACGAGCAUGAAAUGAACAGAAAUCUUCAACAUAAGCUUGAAUUGAUAGAGCUUGAAACAGCUGAGAAAAUUGAUCGACUUCAUCAGUUUUAUCAGGAACAGUUAACAUCGGAUCAGGCUGAAAGAGAUCGUACAGCUGACGAAGAAGAUUUACGUCAGAAAUAUCAAAAUGAGAUUGAACAGUUAAGGACAUUAUGCGAGAAAGGCUUGUCAGCAAUGGAAUCAUCUCACAAACGAAUAAUUUCUGACUUGGAAGCAAAACAUAAAUCCGAGAUCCAAAGACUGUUAAAUGAAAAGGAAACAGCUUUAGCUGAAGAAACUCAGGCAACACUUCAAGCUCUUGAAUCAAUGAGAAAAGCUCAUCAAAAUGAAGUUCAACGUGAAGUCAAUCGAUUCAAGCAAGAAUUCUUACGUAAAUUUAACAGCGAAAAUCGUGAACAUCUCGAAUCACUUGCUGCUUACAAAGAAGAAAAAGAACUCGAAGAAGUUCGUCAGGAAAUUUUAUCGUUAAGUGAAAAAUAUUCGCAGAAAUGUGUCGAAGCGAUUUCACUUGAAGAGAAGCUGAGAAAUUCACAACAAAAGUUACGACAUGCUCAACAAAUCAUUCAUAACUACGAGUUGAAGUCAAGAAACUUACGUCCAAAUCAUGAUGAGAAUGAGAAUGAAACAGAUUCGUUCAACUUUUCUAAAACAGAAGAUAGCCUUUUAAUGGAAUCUCUGAAUUCAAAAAUUGAUUCAUUACCGACAUCACCUUGUGCACCUCGAGACGAAUCCAAAGAAGCCAUUUUAAAUUUACCAUUAAUUCCUAUAGUUAAAGUUAAAGCAGAAUUGCAUCAUCGUGCAAAGUCAAGUGAUGGAUCCAGAUUAGAAUUUUCACAUUCAAGAGAUGAUGACAAUCAUUCAAUUCCAGAUGCACCUUCGUCUCCUUUAGAGUUAAAGGAAAUGGAAAGGAGCUUUGAGUUGGAAAUCUGAGAAGUUAAAAUCGAAUCAUUUUCAUCGCCCACCCAUUUAACAAGAACUCCACCCUCAUAUUCGCGCUUCAUGUGAUAUCUAUCAAAACUUGUAUCGUUCGUUGAUUUUGCUGUUGAUGUUGUUGUUGCUGUUGAUUUAAAUCCUUUUUUGGGCUCGACAUGAAAGAAUGUGGUUUGUGGUCUAAAUGAGUUGUUUGUAAAUGCAACAUUGUUGUUGUUUUAAAUUUUUUUUUUCUUGAUGUUUUAAAAAUAUAUUCGAGAUACUCCGACCUACGUACAGUUUUUGUUUAUCCAUUACUAUAAUGAUUUAGUGGCCAUGAUUUGUUUUUAGAUUUAUUAUUCAUUUUUCAUCAUCUUAAGUGUAAUACUUAUAAUCAUUAAUCGCUUUAAUAAAUUUUUAAAUAAUCGGGGAAAGAAAUGAAAAAUCAAAGAAGGAAAAAAUUAUUUAUUUCGAAAUCAUUUUUAAGUUUUUUUUUUAAAUUUAUUAUAAGUUUGAAUGAAAGAAGUUGAAACCCUUCUUGUAGUUUACGUAAUUAGAAAUGUAAUAUUCAUUAUAUUUAUGUAUCAAUGUUCUACCUUCUCCAAUUUGCUAAAAUAUAUUUUUGAUUGCAAAAGAAAAAUAAGCAAUAAAAAAUCCAAAUUAACAUAAAAAUGUUUGACUUUCUUUUAAAAAGGUCGAGUUUUAUUUCAGAUUGUCGUUGAAGUAGCAAAAAAAUGUUAAUUAAUAAUUUAAAAUGGAUAAUCAGGGUGAUCGACAUCCAUAGACAUUUUACAAAUUUGUUCAACAUAUCCGAAGCUUUCAAGAUCUUUGAUGUCUUCGUCAGUUAGUUUAAAGUUAAAUACAUCAAAGUUGCUUAUGAUUCGUUCUUUUGUGACGGAUUUUGGGAUGACAGUGUUGCCAACUUGAACCUGGUAACGAAUCAAGAUUUGACCAGGAGUCUUGUUAUACUUGGCUGCAAUUGCAAGUAAUUUUGGUUCCUUCAUAAGAACACGAUCGUCAGGAGUUGCCCAUGGACGGCCAGGAGAUCCAAGAGGAGAAUAAGCUGUGACAACGAUGUUCUUGCUGCGACAAUGUUGAAUCAAAUCUUUGUUCAAAAAGUAAGGAUGAACUUCAAUUUGAUUUGCAACUGGUUUGAUUCUGGCAUUGGCAAGAAUGUAAUCGAUUUGUUUGAUGUUGAAGUUGCUUACUCCAAUAGAUUUUGUCAAACCGGCAUCAACUAACUCUUCCAUUGCUUUCCAAACAUCUUUUAAAUCGAUGUUUGCAUGUAGCAUUUUAUCAGAAGCAUCUUUGGGAAAAAGUUCAUCUGAUUUUUGAUAAGAAAUCGGCCAAUGAAUUAAAUACAAAUCUAAGUACUUUAAAUUCAGUUGUUUUAAAGUGCACUCGAUUCCACUACGAACAUCUUUAGGAUCAUGGAAAGUAUUCCAUAAUUUACUGGUAAUAAAUAAAUCCUCCCUAAGAACAACACCUUCGGAUAUUUUUGCAUUUACGCCUUCCCCAACUUCGUGUUCAUUUUCAUAGACAAAAGCUCCAUCAAUGUGACGAUAUCCAGCGUCUAUAGCAUCUUUGAUAGCUUGAGCAACUUCUCCAGGUGUUUAAUUUAACUUACCCAAACCAACGAUUGGAAUUUCCUUUCCGUUGUUCAACUGAGUUGUUGGAGCUAAAGCGACCAUGAUUUUUUCAGGUAGAGAUAUAAGAAAGAUUAU